AAUGAACCUUCAAAUUUCCUGCUAGCAGUUUAGAGAUUGGCCUGUUUCUUCACUGAUGCAUGUCUCACCACACUUCUAUAAUCUUACUCUCUCAACUGAAUGUGAAAGAUUUUAGGUGAAGAUGACUGACAGUGCCAUUUAUUCUGUAUUAGAGUUGCCUACUGCACCCCAAGCCCAGAAUGACUUUAGACAACAGCAAAAAGCUUCUUCCAGACCCUCUCUUUCUUGCUACGUGGCAAUAAUUUUGGGGCUUUUGACUGUAAUUCUUGUGAGUUUGCUGCUAUACCAGUGGAUUGUGAGCCAGGGCUCUAGCUAUUCCACUUGUGCCAGCUGUCCCAGCUGUCCAGACCUCUGGAUGAGGCAUGGUGACCAUUGUUACUACUUCUCAGUGGAGAAAAAGGACUGGAAUUCUAGCCUGGAAUUCUGCUUAGCUAAAGACUCACAGCUCCUUAUGUUUAGGGACAAUCGGGAAAUGAACCUGUGCAAAGAUUUCCUCAGUAAUGACUUUUACUGGGUUGGUCUGAGGAAUAAUUCUGGUUGGAGGUGGGAAGAUGGAUCAGCCCUAAACUUCACAAGGAUUAUUUCUAACAGUUUGGUACAGAUGUGUGGGACCAUCAACAAAGAGGGUCUCCAAGCCUCUAGCUGUGAAGCUUCUUUACGAUGGAUCUGUAAGAAGGUAAUAUGAUUUAAUUCAUACAGUGGCCCUUUGAAGAUAAACUUUUACUCCAAAGAAUAAUGCUAAUGGUGAGAAUCUAAAUUGUAGGAAGUGAGUGAGGGCAGGAAGUGUUUUCCUGUUCUCUCCUCUUUACAUCAUAGAGACCUAGCCUUGACUGGAUUUGGUUUCUCUGAGUAUACAUAAUUAUGGUUGAAUAAACCAAUGUGUGAGCAUACUUUUUCUAUGUUGUAAAUGUGUUAUUUGCAUAUUAAUUCCACCACAGUGGUCAAUCUUUACAAGGCAUUUUCAUAGGGGAAAGUUUACAGAAGCCGUUUACACAUUUGGGCUCCUGUUGGAGAUUGAAUUCUGUCCUCCACAAAAGGCAUGUUCAGGCCUCACCCCGUGGUCCUGUGGAUGUGAGCCCAUUUGUGAAUAGGGCCUUAAAGAUGUUAUUAAAGAUGUGUCCAAACUGAGUGAGAAUGGAGCCUUAAUCCAAUAUGGCUGAAGUCCUUCUAAGCAAAGGAAAUUGGACACAGAAGGAGAAAGCCAGAAGCUGGACGCCAACAGAAUCCGGAAGGGAAAGAAGACACUGCCAUGUGCAUUGCCAUGUGCCAGAAAAGCCAAGGAACCCCAAAGAUUGCCGAUCAGCCAGAAGGGGAGGAAGUGAGCCAUCUAGCCUCUGAGCCAAUACAUUCCUGUUGUUAAGCCAAUCCACUGUAUGGUGUUUCUUUUAGCAGCCUAGAAACUAAAACAGCCCCCAAAUGAUUGAGAAUGGCUUUAUUAUUUCUGUUUAAUAGGGUUUGGAUAUAGACAAGGAGGGAAGGUAAUUUUUUAGGAUCUAGGAGGCUGUAAUGGAGUGGACAAUCCUGUAAUGCUGAUGACAGAAGAUUGUAUUCUGUUUAUUUGUCUUUCUUUCAUAGUUCUUUUAGGGCAUGAACUGUAUCGUAUCCACCACUGUAUCUCAAGAUCUAUGAGAGUGUUUGCAUUCAGCAAAUAUUAGAUAAAUGAAUAAAUGAACAAAAAAUAAGAACUUUUUGUUUUUAUUUUAGUUGUUUCAGUUAGCUUAAGUUGGUUAGAGGGAUUAAAGGCAAGAAAAAUGAUAUAUCCUAAUCUUCCCUAACCUACCCACAGGAGCACUCAGUACCUGAUUCUAAAAAGACAGAGGACCAGAUUGAUCUGUAGGUAAAGCUUAUAGGAGAGAGUAGUGGAAACAGGUUCUCAUUCCCUAUCAUCUCUUACCUUUGGCUCUGUAGUAAAACAUUCUUACAUUGCUGUGGGAGUGGGAGGUUUUGGGUUGUCUCUUGGUUUUGAUGGGAGUGACUCCCCAGUUGGUUGAAUAUGUAAUGAUAGGGAUUACUCUUGGGCCAUGGCUUGGCUGCUACAGGAUAGACAAUCUCAUUUAUUUAUUCAAAGAGAAAUUAA